UUUUAUCUGAAAUUUGAUAUGAGUGAACUAGACUUAAUGCAGGGGUGGACCGGUUCCGGUUCGGGCCCGGGCCCGGAUGGGCCUCGGUUCAGGAAAGGGAGGCCCGGGUAACCCCCGGGUCCGGUUCGGGCCAGGCCUCGGUCCAAUAUAUAUAUUUUGGCUUCUAAUUAACUCCCAACCCUCCCCCCUCACCCCCAAACCACCUCAAAUGGCCCAAAAUAAGCAGCCCAACCCAAAAACUUAAAAAAAAAUUCCAAAAAAAAAAAAAUUAAAUUCGGCCCGGACCGGGCCCGAACUGGCCGGGCCGGUUCACUAAAUAGCAGGCCCGGGCCCGGACCGCUAUCCCACCGGGCCGGGUGGCCGGAACCGGGGCACUAACCGGUUCACCGGGCCGGUCCGGGCCCGCACAGUAGCGGGCCGGUCCGGUUCCGGGCCGGUUGGCCUGACCCGAGGCCAUGCCCAACUUAAUGAAUAAGAUGUUCAAAAAAAUUAUCAAAAAUUUUAUCGGGAACCGCCCUAAAUGGUGACAGCAAGUUCCAAAGGGAGUAAAGGGUCAAUAGCCUAAUACUAUACACGUAUUGGUGACUUCCAAUAAUACUACAUAUAUGGUUUGGGCCGUUUGGUGGGGUCAACUGUGAGAUGGGGAUUAUAAUCUCUUGUAAAACAUUGAAGCAUGGGCUAAAUUUCGAAUAAGUCAAUUGAUUGCCUGCUUUGGUAGAAAGGUGUGUCUAGAUGACAAAAAAGUGAUUGAUUUUUAAAGGAAAGACUUAAACAACCUUGAUUUACAAAACCACAAUUUAUGGACUUCUGCUGUUCUGCAUGCUUCCUCUCCUAUGCUGCAUGCAAACACUUCAUCUCCCAGACUUCCCACAACUGAAGCCCUCGACAUCUCUCUUCUCUUCAUGCUGCCGCCCAAGUAGCGUCGGACCCGAUUCGGGCCACCCGACCUGGGAACCAGCCCGCUACUGUGCCCGGUGUACGGUUUUAGUUCCGGGCCUAGGCCCGGUCCCGGUGGUUAGGGUGGGGCAGUCCUGGUUCACCCCAUUCUUUGGAACUUGCCCGGGCGGGCUUGGGCCCGAUUUGAGCCUUUUUUUUGGGUUUUUUCAUUGUUUUGAGCUUUUUCCUGAGUUGGGCUUGGGUGUUUUGGGGGUAGGGUAGGGGGGGGGGUUGGGGGUUAAUAAGAAAAGAAAAAGAAACAUGGACCCGGCCCGGCCCAGACCCGGUGGUAACCCAGGCCGGUCCUGGGCCUUCUACCAAAAAUCAAAAGCCCGGUCGGGCCUAGGCCCGACCCGGACUCGAGUCCAUGACUAUGCCCAUGAUCUGUGACG